UGCGUGGGCUAUCUAUGAUAGGGGUAGUACUCUUUAUGUCAUGCUCGGUUCUAGGUUAGUGGGUAGGGAAAGAAAAAGGACAAAAAAGGUAAAGCACACCUGUUGUUUCGCUGAGUAAUGGGUGCCAUUGGUGCAUCAUGGACGCCGGUGGAGGUGAUGGGCAGCAGGGAUGCAGUAGAUCGGACGCCAUUAUGGGUGUGGGUUGCGGACAUAGAGUCCUCAUCUGCCAGUUGGUUGAUCAAACUGCUGAGCGCCAAAGCCCCCCUUCGGAAUCUCCAUCAUGUCAAGUGGAUUAAGCGGUCCUUAUCGCCUGCAGGCGGGCAUAAGCUUUCCAUCAUCGUCUGCGUGGUUGAUGGCGAGGAUGGUGACGAUUCGACGGAGGGGAGCUUGGAUCGGGAUGAUGCUUUUUCGCUGGUGGAGGGGCCUCCACGUGAGCGGCCAAACAUCCUCAACGGCGACGUAGCAGCGAUAGUGAGGCAGCACAGCUUGAAGUUAUACAAGGGGCAGGUGCCACGCUCUCCUGCGCUGAGUCGAGAAGAAUGGGUUGAUCAGAACAAGCUGUGGCCGUGCAGUUACCAUCCAGUUGGGGGCAGCGCGAGAUCGACUCCGACGGAAUUCAACGAGAAAGAGCUUCAGCUGAUCAGAGGAUUCAUGCAAGCUGCCGUGCAGCAGGCGUGCAUUGCGCUCGCCCAAGGUCACCGGGGAAACGGCACAGUCAUCGUUGACGGGUUCUGUGGUAAAGUCAUCGCCUCUGGGUACGACCAGACGGGGAGGUGGUUCCAAGACCGUACGACACGCAGCAACAGUAACCUCGAUCAAGAAGCCAGCGAAAUAGGAAGAGGAAGAGAAGCCGUGCACCCAACAAAAAGGAGAGACGACGAUCAUGAGGAGCGCGAAGAAGGUUGGUCUUCUCCUGUGCCGCAAAGCGCAGAGCAAAAACUGGCCUCAGAAUCGGCUUCUGAAUCUAGCUGUGUGGCCAUGCCCUCAGAAUCGACUUCUGAAUCUAGCUGUGUGGCCAUGCUAGACUCUCAGAUGAUUGAGCAAGAGCCAUGGUCCCUCGCAUCAGAGAGAGACGAGGUCGUGGCUCAGGGCGGGGAUCGACUAGGGCUUGAGGAAUGCAUGCGAACAACUAAUGGCUGCGGACUUUACCCGCCGGCAGCUUGUUCUGGAUUGGAACCUACUGCAUUUGGCGAUCCUCAUGCAAAGGCCGGCGACAAUGGCAGCGAAGUACUUUGCCCUCGUGGUAUUGGAGUCGAAGUCGCGGCACAGAUCACGAAGAGUUCAGCGAGGCCAGCACAGCCAUCCGCGGGGAAGGAAACAGAAAUAGCAGAAAGGGAUGUGAAAGAAGAUGCCAGAUGCACGGGCUGUGAAGGGUCCUUGAGUCGGGAAGAAGGGAUCACGCCGGGUGGUGAGAAAGGCGGCUGCAGCUCGACGAAGGGAUGCAGCAACAGCAACAGCAACAGCAACCACAACAGCAACAGCAACAGCAACAGCAACAGCAACAGCAACAGCAACAGCGACAGCGUGGCUGGACUGACGUUUCUCCCACACCCUUUGAAGCAUGCGGUCAUGGUGGCAAUAGACUGGGAAGCGCAGAGAGAUUUGUUGAUGUUUCCGCCAUGGAAGGAGGGGAGGGGAGUAGAUUGUCCGACGGAGGCCAGGUGGGUGGAUUGUGAGGUGGAGGGAAAGGAAGCAUUGAGCAUCAGGGAACCGACAUGUGAAAGGGCAAAACGUCCUCGGCUUGAGCCAGAUCAGUCUGACCACAGCGGCAGCAGUCGGAGGGAAGACGACAAGCCUUCCGGCCAUCCGCCACAUGGAAGGCUAUUGCCAUCACGCCCUUAUUUAUGUACCGGCUUUGACUUUUUUGUCGUUCGGGAACCGUGUGCAAUGUGUGCCAUGGCGCUCAUCCAUCAAAGAGUAAGUCAAGUAUUUUACGCCAUAGCCAGCAACCGUGCAGGAGCCCUGGGAAGCCGCUACCAGGUACACGCUCAAAAAGGACUGAACCAUCGCUAUCGAGCUUUCCGUUUAGGACUCACAGAAGCAGAUCUCCAGCUCAAAUAAUUUCCUGCCUGGUCCUCCCGCGUUGCCGCAAGAGUUAUAUGGUUGGAACACUGUUAACCCAAAACUA